UUUUUACACCCCUCAUGUUUUUUCACAAUGUGUGUUGUUUUAGCUGGCCUUGGCAUAAUUCCAGGUCAGCUGUGACCACAGCAAACAUUUAUGUCCUUUCCAACCUCUUGGAGAGCAACUAAAACAAGACCAUGAGAGAAAAGACAGCCACUCCAGCAAAGGACCUGCAUCGGCAUCUCAUCCUGCAGACAUGGAGGGGUUCAGUGAAAAGCUUUUCUGCUGCGAGUGGGUGCGCCGCAGGGUUCCCCUGGCCUACAGAAAGGAACUGUACCACAUCCUGAAGAUGACAGGGCCUCUGCUCCUCUCUCGAAUCCUCAAUUAUCUGCUUCCAUUUGUGGUUACAAUGUUCUGUGGGCGUCUGGGAAAUGAAGUUCUGGCUGGCUAUGGAUUAGCUUCUGCUACCAUUAAUAUUACCACUGCAGCUACAGGAUGUGGUCUGGCACUGGCAUGCGAUACUUUGGUGUCUCAGACAUUUGGUGGUAAGAACCUGCUGCGGGUGGGAGUGAUCCUUCAGCGGGGCAUCAUCAUCCUGCUGUUGUUCUGUCUGCCCUGCUGGGCUCUGCUAAUUAAUGCCCAAGCCGUCAUGUUAUGCUUGGGCCAGGACCCUGAGAUUGCCAGAAUAGCCCAGCUGUAUAUAACAGGCUUCCUUCCUGCAGUACCAGCAAUGUUUCUACAACAUCUCCAGGUGUCUUACCUGCAGAACCAGGGUAUAAUACUGCCACAGAUGUACACUGCUGCCAUGGCAAACAUAGCAAACGUGAUGACGCACUACAUCUUUCUUUACUGGCUGGAUCUGGGUGUUAGCGGAUCUGUAGCAGCCAACACUCUGUCUCAGAUUUACAUCUGCACUUUUCUGUUUGCUUACAUUUGGUGGAAGAAUCUUCAUGUGAAAACAUGGGGAGGCUGGUCUGUAGAAUCACUGCAGGAGUGGGGCUCCUACAUGAAACUGGCCAUUCCCAGUACAUUAAUGAAGUGCUUUGAGUGGUGGGUUUAUGAGUUUGGUGGAUUCUUUGCAGGAAUGCUGAGUGAAGAUGAGCUGGCAGCCCAACAUGCUGUGAUUAUGAUGGCUUUCAUAACAUACAUGUUCCCUCUCGGUAUUCAAGCGGCAGCAUGUGCCCGAGUGGGAAAUGCUCUGGGUGCAGGAGACACUGCCAGGGCGAUCCUCACCAGCAAGAUGUCAUUAGCGCUUGCAGGUAGCAUUGCAGUUGUUGAAGGUGUUGUGCUUGGUGCUACUAAAUCAGUGAUUGGCUUCAUCUUCACCUCUGAUGUGAAGAUCAUAGGUCUGGUCUCACACUUGAUGAAUGCUUACUGUUUCCUUCAGUUCUUUGAUGCUCUUGUGUGUGUGUGCACAGGCAUCUUCUUGGGCACGGGAAAACAGAAGAUACCAGCUGUGGCCAAUCUGAUUGGAUACUACUGCAUAGGACUUUCACUCAGCGUUACUUUAACAUUUGUUGCAAAACUGAGAAUUUUAGGUUUUUGGCUGGGACUGCUUGUUUGUGUUAUUUUACAAUCCACCUUCUACAUCAUUGUCAUCUUCAAUCUGAACUGGGAGAAAAUGACAGAGGAGGCUAUAAACCGAGCACAGAACAACAAGCCUAUGACAUUAUUAAGCACAGUUGCCCUGUCAGACGGUGUGUGUAACAACACUGCUGACCAGACAGCGAGUAAUGGGAACUCAGUUGAAGGCUAUGUGUCUGUGAGCGCUGAGUGCCACGAUGAGAAGACAGAGACACAGGGGGGACAUGAUGUCCAGCAGCUGAAGGGUGGUCGUCUCUCCACUACCCAGCUGAUCCUCCGGCGAGGCCUCACUAUGUUUGCAGCCGUUGCACUUUUGGCUGUGGGAGCAAGUGUGCACUUCCUUCUGCCCUUGCCAGAAACCCUGCCUUCAGAUGCCAACUUUACUUUGGACUGGAUCAAUAUGACAUAUAAUCCUGAUCAGAUUUUCACCACUGCGCUGGUCCCAAGUGAAAAGUCAGUCCAAAAUUACCACAACGCUUCUGUUUAAUGUAUUAAAUACAAAGGUUGUCUUUAAUUAGACUCAUUCUCUUUGACAGAUUCAGCUGAAGACAGUUUGGCAGAUUGGCUGUAAAACUCUCGUGACUUAAAAGUUUGAGAGUAAUAUUUUGUUUAGUGAGAUUAAUUCAAUGAUUAUACACCGUUUCCCUUUCUGUGCCGGGUCUUUCUGUCCAUCUGCACAUUUGCCUUUCUUCUGCAAAUCCUGCUUUGACAUACUGCUAUGCAAACAUCUGCAUCAUAUUGUGUAGAGGUGCCUAACGAGUUACUUUACUGAAUGCAAUGACCGCUGCUCAUGUCCCCAAGUUAGUGAUCAGCAGGUUUAUAAUGAUUCCAGCAGCCAGGAUAAAUAGCAUGACAGCCAGAGCAAAUCCUCUAUACAGAACCAGAGUCCUGUGAGAGCGCUCCACCUCUGUUUGAACUGCUGGUUCCGCAUCAGUGUGAACCAGGUCCAUGAUGUCGGUUUCUUCCUGAAAGUUCUCUGGAUCAUCUUCCUGGGGACCUGGAUAUGUAAAUGUGACUCUAAUGUUUUUUCACUGAACAAUAUUAAAUUCCUAGAAUUA